UGAACUUCCUGAGUUAACGAAUACAUGUAUAUUUGUACACAUAGUUUAUUUAUGAUAAAUAGAAGACGCAAUUCUAGAUUUUCACCAGUGAAAACAAAUUAAAUCCCUCUGAGAUAUAAAUUGUGAAGUUUACAACAAAAUUUAAUAGUAUACUUGCAUUUAAUAGAAUACGUUCAUCAUAAUGGAGGCUUUUCCCGUAACAUUAAUAGUGAAAGUUCCUAAUCAACAAAUUGAAGAUCAAACUGUCAAAUGUGAAUUGUCAUGGACUAUAAAUAAACUUAAACAACAUUUAUCCGAGGUACACCCCAGUAAACCGGCGAAACAUGAGCAGAGGCUUAUUUAUUCAGGCCAAUUACUCCCGGAUACAGCUUGCUUGAAAGAUAUUUUACGACAGUAUGAGGGCCAAGAAGUUCAUACAGUACAUUUAGUAUGUGUUUCAAAGAAUGAUAUGUUUAAAUGUCAAUCUUCACCGUCAAGUAUAACAAGUAGAAUGUCUUCAAGUACAAAUUCUAGCAGUAAUGUAGCCUCAGAAAGUAGUGAUGUAAAUAGAGAACAAAGAGUGCCAAAUUUCCAAUACCCUAAUAUGAGCCAAUUUCCAAAUUACAAUCAAAUAGAUUCUAAUCAAUAUGCCCUUCAGAUGGCAUGGAUGCAACAAGCUUAUAUACAAUACAUGAUGCAAUACAUGAACUCAGCUACAAAUCCUAACUACAAUAAUACAACAGGAAAUGUAAAUCAAAGAAAUGUUGCUGAGCAGCCUCAGGUAGUAAAUAGGCCUGCUGCAGCUGCAAGAGAUCCAGAUAUUCCAGAAAGAGACUGGCUUGAUGUUUUCUACAUGGUUAUUAGAAUGAUGGUGCUAUUCAGUAUUGUGUAUUUCUACUCAAGUCCUUUACGUUUUAUAGUUGUGUUGAUGUUGGGUGUUGUCUUUUAUCUAUACCAAAUAGGAUUCUUUAGAAACUUAAACAACAAUAACAACAACAACAAUACUCCUGCUGACCAUCAAAACAUAGAACAUUCACCAUCAGUUUUGACUAUAAUGUGGACAUUUUUCACCACAUUUUUUGCCUCUUUAAUUCCAGAAAUACCAAAUGCUGUAUAAUAUUCAUAUUUCUUUCUUAAAUAAUAUGAACUUCUGGUUCUCAUGUUUUUCGUUUGGGCGGUAGUUGGUAUAUAAAUGUUUGCUCCUUAGAUAGCUUUAUAGGACAACAUUUAUUAAUAUUUGUGAUAUUACUUUUUUACAUUGUAUAUGAAAAAUUUGUAUAGUCCUUAUUAAUAAGUUGUUUCUCAUCUCCAUAAUAACUGUAUUUAUAUGUUGAAUGUACCUUUUCCAAAUUUUUAUUUUCUAGACAGUUUUGUGUAAUAAAAAGAGUAUUAACGGAUCAUUGGGCGUUCAAGAAAUUAAGACAUUCAUUGAAACUAAAGGUGGCUUACUAAACACAUAAUGUAAUUUUAAAAUGCACACCGAAUCAUAUAAUUUCAUUAAACUUUUAAACUCUUUAAAUGACAAGUUU